UUCCUCUUCCUCCUGCUCCUGCAGCCAACCAGCCAGCCAGCAAGCCGAGCAGGCAGCAGGCGGCGGUGGCGGUGGCAGCAGCUGAGCUACGACUGCCGGCAACUCCGUUGACUUAACGCACCUUUGCAAAGAUAUCUGCCACUCGCACAGCGGACCCCGUCGUUGUUGUUGGGUUAUUUUUUUUUGCUGUUGUUGUUCUGGCUGCAAAAGCAAUUCCAGCCGUAAUCAUCAAGCAUCGGCAUCCUCAAGCCCAGAGCUGAGCUCUUAUUCAUUUGCCAGCGGUGCCAACUCUCACACUGCCUGUGUGAAGGCACCCCGAGCAACCGAUAUUAAAGCCUCCCCCCCACCCAGCUUGGACUGAACUACCGCUUAAUCUUCUGCUUCUCUGGGAGGUUUUUUUUUUUGUUUUGGUAUCCAGCGAAUGCCCUGGCUGCUGUGUUCAAAGAAAGAGCUCAAAAGCAACGCAGGUAUCAAGCGCAUCAAACCGAGAGACAGCAACAAACUACAACAUCAUCAUCAGCAGCAGCAGCAACAGCAGCAGCAACAGCAACAGUAGUAGAAACAGCAAAGACACCAAAAAAAAUCUCAAACAACAACAACAACAAAAAUCAACAAUCAGCCCCUCGCUCCGGGGUUAAGUUGUCGAUCUUUACAGCCGCUGCUGCUGGUGGUUGCGCGCGUCAUGACGGAGAUAAUGCCCCUGCUUAGUUCAUUUCUCCAUCCUCUGCCCGAUGCAGCAGCGUGCGUUAACCUGGAUGAAUUUGGCACAUCCGGAGCUGUCAACACUCCCGGCUCGGCAGCGGACGGACAGCUCUUUCCUGCCGGAACCCUCGAGCAAUACACCGGUCUCAACUGCGGCAUGAACCGAGACGCUUUCAUGAGCGUGUCCAUCGGCACGGAGAAGGGCUCGGCCGAGCUGUCCUACCAGAGCAUGUUCGGCGGCGCUGUUGACUCCGUGUCGGGCUCCCAGAAGCCCACCUACAUGGGAACCUUCUUCAUCGAGCCCGGGACCAGCUGGUGGCCUACCGAUGCGCCGUCCGCCACCGUCUCCUCGGCGGCCGCCAACGGCAGCGUCUCCUCUACCAACUCCUCGGGCUCCAUCAACAUCGUGAGCGCCGAGGUGGUGGGCGACGACAUGUCUCCCGGCUCGGUGCACUCGUCACACACGCCGGCACCCAACACGGGGCUGCUGACGCCCAACAGCUGUCCCGGGCUGUCCGUGGCCCCCAUGGCCUGCGGUGACCCCCCGCCCGCCUACCCAUCGGCCUGCGGGGACCCCUUCCCGUGCGUUGAGCCUCAGUCUCCGUAUUACACCGGCUCGGGCCACGCGGGCGUCUUCGCACCGCCUCCUCCACCACCACCACCUCCUUACCCCUCCGGAUCUUCCUCCUCGUCUGGUGCAAAGGUUGAGGACGCGCCAGUAUUUCCCAUCCAUUCAGACUACUUGUACCAACCGCAACUUCAUCACCACCACCAUCACCACCACCACCAGCAACAGCACCAGCAGCAGCAGCACCAGCAGCAACAGCAGCAGCAGCAACAUCAACACCACCACCAACAGCUCUACCAGCAACAACAUCAUCAGCAGCAGCAGCAGCAGGCGAUGCAAGCGUCGAGCAUGCACGAGCAUCAUCGCUCGCACCUGCCCUGCUCAGCCUCAGCAGCAGGUGUGGGGGUUGACACGAAGCCGCCCGCCCUGGCCAUCACGCCGCUGUCCACCAUCAAGGCGUUCUCCACGUCGGUGGCCGAGAGCAAGAAGCUGCUCACGGCGCUGUCGCAGCAGCAGCUGCUGCGGCCCGUGCGCCUCCGCAAGUACCCGAACCGGCCGUGCAAGACGCCGCCGCACGCGCGGCCCUUCCCGUGCCCGGCCGAGGGUUGCGACCGGCGCUUCUCGCGCACGGACGAGCUCACGCGCCACAUCCGCAUUCACACGGGGCACAAGCCGUUCACGUGCCGCAUCUGCAUGCGCAGCUUCAGCCGCAGCGACCACCUCACGACCCACGUGCGCACCCACACGGGCGAGAAACCCUUCGCCUGCGACUUCUGCGGCCGCCGCUUCGCGCGCUCCGAUGAGCGCAAGAGGCACGGACGCAUUCAUCUCAAGGGUCGCGACGCGGCCGCCAACUCCAAGGGAUCCACUGCUGCUGCUGCCGCCGCCGCUGCGGCGACGAGGGGUGACGUCAAGGUGGCCGUCGGAGAUGCCCCUGGCGUGGGGAUGAUCAUGGGAGGUGGAGUUGGACUGGGAGGAGGGGACAUGUCGAGAGAUUUGUGCAACAAUCGUACCAGCGGCGGCGGCGGCAGCAACAACAUCGCGCCGGGCCACCUCCAGAUAGUCACCAGCAAUGACUCUUACGGCGUGCUGUCGUAGGGCAGUGUGGGGAGGGGGACGGUGUGACGAGACAUCGUCUUUGUUUGACAUAUGCAUGCACACAUAAACACACACACACACGGGAGUUUGUGUGUGCGCGUGUGUCUAGAUGCGCUUAAGCCAAGCCACAGAGCCCGGAGUGUGCAAAGUGACACCCGUGGUUGCAUUGGCUGGCGCAUGCCAGAGGUGGCUGCAAGGAGGAGCAGGUUCGUGAGAAUCGAGAGGCGGGGGUGGGUGGAGGGGAAGUCCCCCCCCCCCCCCCAAACAAACACCAACAACUCUCGCACCGUGGCGCACGCGCCGCCCACGUGCGCAGGACUCGGCACGAGUGAGUGAGACACGAGACCCGCUUUCGGACUCGAUCUGUCCGGGGGCCUCUUCUCUCGCUCAAGUUGGAACUCGAGUGUCGAGGCGUGAGUCUGCGUUUGAUGGACAUCUUCUGCCGUGCCGCCGCCGCCGCCGCUCGCCACGUGUCUCGUUACCACCUUUUACAUCGUGAUUUGCUACAGGUGUUCUUCUACACGUGCUCGCGAAUUGAAUGACCGAUUGAUUGGAGAGGCGUGGCGGCGGUGGUGGUGUAUCAGAUGAUGUUUUGGUAUGCGUUCAAUCACGGCACACCAGUGAUUGAACAAGGAGGAUCUGUCUCAGCAGCAGCAGCAACAGCGGCGUCUCCGUCCCUCAAGACGAUUUUAAAGCAGCCUCGCGUCGCGUUAAACAUUACUAUGGCCAUUACAACAAACGGAUCUGACAAAUGCACUGUAUAAACACGUGGCGUAAUGUACAUUUAUAAGAGCAACACGCUUGACCUUUUAAGUCAAAACAGAAAUAGAUGUAUAUCAAACUGCCAUAUUUCCCUCCCUCUCACUUUUUGGAGGGUCGUUCUUGUGAUAUUGAAUAAUUGGCAGCUUAUGGAUACUGUUAUGUGUACAUAGUUAAGUGUUUAUAGGGUUUCGUAAGACGUGUUUGUACGCAGUUUUAACAAGCGCUACAUUUUUUGUCUCAGAGCCGCUUCUCUUUUUGUAAGUAAAUGAGCACUUACCGCGUGUGUGCGUGCGAGAGUAGAGUUUAUAUAUUUUGUUUAAUUCUGACACGCGAUUUUCCUCUCUCCACGAGAGUCCACGUUAUCGGCAUGUCAAGGAUUUGCGAGAAGGGUACGAUUAAAGUUUGUACUGUUUUAGAACUAUGGCUAUAUCUGUAGCCUAAAAAUAUAUAUUGUUAUUAUUGUUAAUAUUUACGAGAGAAAUAAAACCCCGUUUUAAAGGCCAAGCUGGGCUUGCCCGAGGUACGUUCAAGAGUCGCUGUAAUGUACAGAUUGAACACAGUUCUAAACCGCCUUAAAUUAACUGCUAGAGUAUAAUGCGUGUAUAUAGUUUGGUCAGUAUAAGCUGCAAAUUGUUUGCGCUAUGACACCAAGAUAUAUUUUUGUAUCUGUGUAACUGCUGUAUACUUGAUGUAAUAGCAUGUUUAGUUUUAAAUGCAGACUACACACAUUUGUAGCUGUCGGCCAGUGUUCUAAAAAAAUUGUUGGAUUUCUAUAUUAAUUCACUUAAUUAGACAAUCACUUUGUGUUUUCAAAAGGAACUAAAGUUUUUUUUGUUGCUUUCCUAUACAUGCUUUAUAGCUGCACAUUGAUGUGUAAAAGGUGUCGAAAUAAAGUCCAGAUGAG